AUGGGUUCCACAGAAGACCUUGACUAUCCUCAAAUCAUUGUGCAAUACAGCAGUGGAUUUUUAGUCUCAAAGGUUAUGUUCACUGCCUGUGAGUUGGGGGUGUUUGAUCUUCUGCUGGAGUCAGGAGAACCUCUGUCUUCAGAUUCCAUUGCUUCAUGCUUGGGUACCAGCACCACUGGGAUGGAAAGACUGCUGGAGGCCUGUGUGGGACUGAAGCUCUUGGCAGUAGAGGUGACACAAGAAGGAGCCCUCUACAGAAACACAGAAAUUUCCAACAUCUACCUUACAAAAUCAAGCCCAAAGUCUCAGUAUCAUAUGAUGAUGUAUUAUUCCAAUACAGUCUACUUGUGCUGGCAGCACCUGACUGAAGCUGUGAGAGAAGGAAGAAACCAAUAUGAAAGAACUUUUGGCAUUUCAUCUCAAGAUCCUUUUGGAGCAAUGUACAGAUCAGAAGAAGAAAUGUUAAAAUUCAUGGCUGGCCAGAACUCAGUAUGGAGUAUAUGUGGCAGAGAUGUUCUUGCUGCAUUUGACCUUUCUUCUUUCACACAGAUCUAUGACCUGGGAGGAGGCGGAGGAGCUUUGGCCCGGGAGUGUGUUUCUUUGUAUCCCAAUUCCACAGUCACAAUUUAUGAUCUACCAAAAGUUGUGCAAGUGGUCAAAGAGCAAUUUAUUUUCCCUGAGGAGCGUCAGAUCGCAUUCCAUGAAGGAGACUUCUUUAAUGAUUCAAUUCCUGAAGCUGAACUGUAUAUUUUAUCCAAGAUACUGCAUGAUUGGGAUGAUGACAAAUGCAAACAACUGCUGGCAAAAGUCUACAAAGCUUGCAAACCUGGUGGUGGAGUGCUGCUGGUUGAAUCGCUUCUGAAUGAAGAUAAAAGUGGGCCUUUAGAAACCCAACUGUAUUCGAUGAAUAUGUUGGUCCAGACAGAAGGAAAAGAGAGAACAGCAGCAGAGUACAGCAAGCUCCUUGAGGCAGCUGGCUUUGGAGUGAUCCAAGUCAAGAGGACUGGAAAACUCUAUGAUGCUGUUCUAGGAAGGAAAUAA